CUUGGCUUUUGUUGGUCUCAUUGGUGGCCGUCUCGCUUAUGAUACUAAUUAUGUUCAGAUCCGGACAAAUCAAAACUCCCGUUAAUGUGGACUUCUUCUCACAAAUGGGUCGCGCGAAGUACACAAUGGUUGACCCGUUGACAGGCGGAGGGAAAGGCGUGCGAUUCAAAGACGUGGCCGGACUUAAGGAGGCGAAAGUGGAAAUUAUGGAGUUUGUUGACUAUCUUAAGGCUCCCGAAAGGUUUCGGGCAUUAGGCGCUAAGGUUCCGCGAGGGGUACUACUGCUGGGACCGCCCGGUUGUGGCAAAACAAUGUUAGCCAAAGCAGUGGCCACAGAGGCGAGUGUGCCUUUCCUAGCGAUGGCCGGAUCCGAGUUUAUUGAGAUGAUUGGGGGGUUAGGGGCGGCGCGAGUCCGGGAUCUGUUCAAAGAAGCC